CUGCUUGUGGAAAAAAUGAAAAUAAAAAACCUUUCGUUCUCUCUAUCUGUACUUCAAUCUAAUUCUCAUGGGUUGCUGCCAUUCUGUUUGCAGCUUCAAAAGGUCAUUGAUGAACAGAAAACAAAGUUACGUAAAACUGAACGAGCUCUUCAAAUUGCCGAGGAGGAAUUAAUGAUGGCAAAGUCAGAAUAUACAUCCAAAACUAAGGAGUUAAUGGAGGUUCAUGGUGCGUGGCUUCCACCUUGGCUUGCAGUUCAUUUUAUUCAUUACCAGUCACUCUUGGAGAAGAACUGGGACAUACAUGGAAGACCAGCCUUGGAGAUGGCAGUGCAAAAGGCAUUCGAGAGGAAGGCCCAAGUUGAAGAAUGGGCUGCACCACACAUCGAAACCAUGAAAACUAAAUGGAUCCCAGCUAUAAGGGAACAAUGGAUAACGUUAAAAACUGGUGCUGAACCACAUGUACAUAUGCUAACGACAAAAACUCUUGAGAUAUAUGAGGUCUCCAAGAACACCGUGACUCCGCGUAUUAUCCAAGUUCAGGAAAUUGCUGAUCCUUAUUUUCAAGAAUUAAGGAAAUUUAGCAAACCAUAUAUUGAUCAGGUUGCCACUGCAACAAGACCUCAUGUUGAUAAAAUCCGGACUACUUUAAAACCCUAUACAAAGGAGGCAGUUCAUGCUUACAGAAAGUUCCUCGAGUCCGCAACAGUGUACCAUCACCAGGUUCAAGACACUGUGCAUGAAAAACUGAAGAGUCACGAGCUUACAAGACCUCUGGCAACAAGAGAGCUUGUUUGGUUUGUUGCUUCUGCUGUGCUGGCUUUGCCCAUCAUCGUUCUGUUCAAAAUAUGUUCAGGCAUCUUCUGUAAAAAGGCAAAAAAGCCCAUUAGGAAUGGCAACACUAACCAUUCACGUCGGAAGGGCAAACGUGGACAUCCAGACAAGUAAAGUUGGGAACUGUGUCCAAUACUACUAUUCAAGAUGGAUUUGGUUUUUUGCCACGGGUGUUUGGAGGCUUCAGAGCUCUCUCUUUUAUGAAUUAGACUUUGGCUGGGAAUGUUUUUGCAAAUUCCAUUUCAUUUGUGAAGGGUAUGGCGAAGAAAAUCCUAGUUUUGAAGUUACAAAUGGGUAGCCUAGGAAUUUGUGUAAUAUCUAUGCCAUGUUGUGGUGUAAUUUUCUUUUACUUUUGCUGUUAAACCUUCUUAUACAAUUCUUGCUUGUUUUGUAGAUUUUAAAAUAUUUUCAAUUUUUCAAAAAACUAAUUUAAUUAAUCUGAUUGUGAUAUAUUUA